GCCACGACUCCACCUCGCAUACACGCAGCAUGGCCGAACCACAGACGCCGGCACCGGCACUGGUGCACCUCGCCGACCUCACCGGCCACACGGACCGCGCCUGGUCGCUGGCGUGGAACCCGCGCCUGCCGCUGCUCGCGUCGUGCUCGAGCGACAAGGACGUGCACCUGCACAGCUUCGCUCUGCCCGACGGCGACAGCGCCGCCAGCGGCUCGGCUGCAUCGUCACGCCCACGCUUCUCGCUGCGCGAGACGGUGCCGACGGGCCACACGCGCACCGUGCGCUCCGUCGCCUGGGCGCCGUCGGGCCGCACGCUCGCCACCGCGUCGUUUGACUCGACUGUCGGCAUCUGGGAGCGCGUGGCGGAUGUGAAUGCAGCGACGGCGCGGCAGGCGCGCAACGAGGGGCGCGAGCUCGAUGCGCUGCGCCUCGAGCUCGGGCCGUAUCCGGAGGAGGGCCCCGAGUGGGACUGCAUCGGCACGCUCGAGGGCCACGAGAGCGAGUGCAAGGACGUCAAGUUCAGCCGCAACGGCGACACGCUCGCCAGCUGCAGCCGGGACAAGAGCGUCUGGGUCUGGGAGGUGCAGCCGGACGCCGAGUUCGAGUGCCUUUCGGUGCUCAUGGAGCACACGCAAGACGUCAAGUGCGUCGCAUGGCACCCGCGCGACGAGCUGCUCGCCUCUGCAUCCUACGACGACAACAUCAAGCUGUACCUCGACGACCCGUCCGACGACUGGUACUGCUUCAGCACGCUGUCGGGCCACACGUCGACAAUCUGGUCGAUUGCCUUCUCGCCUUGCGGCACCUAUCUGGCCAGCGCAUCAGCCGACUGCACCGUGCGCCUGUGGCGGCGGCUGAGCGCAGACGAGGCAGAGGCGCGCGGCCUGAAGGUCGAGGGCCGCAUGCCUGGGCGGCCAGGCGAGAAGUGGGUGUGCGUUGAGGUGCUCAAGGGCUGGCACGAGCGCUGUAUCUACAGCGUCUCGUGGGGCCACGGCGAGGGCAUUGGGCGGCUGGCGAGCGCCGGCGGCGACGGGCGGAUCUGCGUCUUUAGCGUGCUGCCAUCAGAGAGCGCCGACAGUCUCACGCCGCGGACGACGCUCAUCGCGCAAACGGACCGCGCACACGGCGACUCGGACGUCAACUGCGUGGCAUUCGCGCCGGCGACGCUGGCCAGCGCCAACGCCGACAUCUCGUCCGACGCGCCGGGGCGCUUCGAGGAGCUCGAUGCCGAGGGCGUGCGGCUCGGCGAGCGCGGCAUGGCCGACAUGCUCGCGAGCGCCGGCGACGACGGCGAGGUGCGCGUCUGGGCCGUGCCGGGCGGCGUGUGGAAGUAGCGCAAUAGAGCAUCAACAGGCAUGGCGGAAAAGUGGUGACGUGGAUUGGUGAGGUGACGCGGCUCUCUACAUGGUCAUCGGGGCGCAGCUACUGGGGCCUGCGGCUCGCUCUACUCGAAGCUCUCGUCCAUCUCCUCUGCGUCCUCCUGCUGCGCCGUCUCCUGGCUCUGGUCGCGGCGCACAGGCACCAGCUCGCCGCCGUCCGUCACGCGCAGCUUGCGCACCGC